AUGCCGGCCGACUACUCCACGGCGGCGCAGAACCUCGCCGUCUCCCCUUCCAACUCACCAUCGUCCUCGCCGCCGCUGUGGGCACGCCAUGGCUCCUCGAACAACGUCCGCCGCCUCUCGUCCGCGCGCUUCCGCAACUCGCCACGGCUGCGCCAGGCGUGGACGACCCUCGACGCCUGGAACAAGUACACCAUUGAGACGUACAGCCGCAUGAGCGUGCUGCAGCGCAUCGUCGCCGGCGUGGGCAUCAUUGCCGUUUACGUCCUCAUCAUCCUGGGGUGGGUCUACUCGCACCGGCUGUUCGACUGGCUCGCCGGCGUGUCGCAGUCCUGGCGCGAGCUGCCCGGCGGCUGGCUCAUCAUCUUCGCCCUCGUCUUCGCCGCGGCCUUUCCGCCCAUCAUUGGCUACUCGACGUUUACGACCAUCAGCGGCUUCGUGUACGGAUUCCCUUGGGGAUGGCCCGUGCCCGCCCUGGCCUGCACGAUCGGCAGCCUGUGCGCCUUCAUCGCGGCCAGGACGGUCCUGAGCAAGGCGGUCGAUCGCAUGGUGGGCAAGGACGCGCGGUUCGUGGCCCUCGGCCAGGUGCUGCGGCGGGACGGGAUCUGGUACCUGACGGGCAUCCGCUUCUGUCCGCUGCCGUUCAGCAUGAGCAACGGGUUCCUUGCCACCAUUCCUAGCAUCACGCCUACGGCGUUUGCGCUGUCCACGGCAUUGUCGAGCCCCAAGCUGCUCGUCCACGUUUUCAUCGGGAGCCGUCUCGCCAUCCUCGCCGAGUCGGACGACAAGAUGUCCUGGGGCGACAAGAUGGUCAACUACCUCAGCAUGGCCGUCGGCGCCGGCGUCGGCAUCACCGUGGGGUACAUCAUCUACAAGCGCACCAUGGCCCGCGCGGCCGAGAUUGCACGCAGCCAGGCCAGGGAGGACGAGGAGGCAGAGGAGGGCCGCGCGCACGAUGCCUACCUCGACCGCGAGGAUACGCUCAUAGACCCGGAGGAUGCGGCCAACCUGAUGACAGACGAUGACCUGUCGCUGUGGGAGACGCAGGUCGUCGACGAGGACGCUGACUACACGAGUGACGGUCCCAAAUCGACGAGCAAGGCGUCGAGCCCUAAUGAGGCUGGCAGACGUUCGCCUUGGUGA